UCAGGUGAUCCACCCACCUUGGGUUCCCAAAGUGCUAGGAUUACAGAUAUGAGCCAUGGUGUCCGGCCCUAAAAUUUGUUAACAAUUCUUCAGUAUAGUCAAAUAUCCAUUGUUCAAAAAUAUCCAUUGUUCAAAUUUCCCCAAUAUCUUUUUUUUUUGUUUUCCCAGUUGGGUUAAAAUUUGGCUCCAAACAAGGUCUGCACGUUGCGUUUUUGUGCUGUCUCUAAAGACUCCCUUUCUUUUUUUCAUGUAAUGCAUUUGUUGAGGAAACCAGGCUGCCUGGAAGGAUGAGCCUGGGGGAAUGAGGGAGAGGAAGAGAGGGGGCAGGGAGGAGAGAAGGAUGGGUGUCCAGAUAGACGUGCCACCCAUGCUGGAGGACACAGGCAGGAUGUGGAGGCCUGUCUCCCUAACUGGGAGGGGAGGCCAGGGCUGCUGAAGGGUGGAGCCCAACCCUGGGUGCCCCCCUCCCUCCACCACAUCCAGCUGCUGGAUGUGAGGGGAGACAGAAGGACGGCCUGAGUCAGGAGCAGGGGCAGAGCUCGGGUUGUCGAAGGGUCCCGCUGCUUACGUCAGACUGGAGGUGAGGGAGGGGCGGGGCCUGACAGCAGGCCUGGAAGGAACAGGAUGUCUAUGCUGGAGAGGGAGAGAGAGGACAGUGCCAAAACCCAGCUCCUGGCCAGUCCCCAGCUCCUCCCUGCCUGGCCCUAUCCCAGGAUCCUCUCCCCGGCCUCUCAGCUAUGAUCUACCCCAGGGCCCAGACAUCAGGCGCCUUCACAAUGCCGGUGGUCAGUGGUCCAGGUCCCUUGUUCUGCCUUCUCCUCCUGCUCCUGGAACCCCACAGUCCUGAGACGGCGCGUCCUCCUCUGCGCAGGUUUGAAUACAAGCUCAGCUUCAAAGGCCCAAGGCUGGCAUUGCCUGGGGCUGGAAUACCCUUCUGGAGCCAUCAUGGAGACGCCAUCCUGGGCCUGGAGGAAGUGCGGCUGACACCAUCCAUGAGGAACCGGAGUGGCGCCGUGUGGAGCAGGGCCUCUGUCCUCUUCUCUGCCUGGGAAGUAGAGGUGCAGAUGAGGGUGACGGGAUUGGGGCGCCGGGGAGCCCAGGGCAUGGCCGUGUGGUACACCCAGGGCAGGGGCCAUGUAGGCUCUAUCCUCGGGGGGCUGGCCUCAUGGGACGGCAUCGGGAUCUUCUUUGACUCCUCGGCAGAGGAUACUCAGAACAGUCCUGCCAUCCGUGUGCUGGCCAGCGAUGGGCACAUCCCCUCUGAGCAGCCUGGGUAUGGAGCCAGCCAAGUGCUGGGCUCCUGUCAUUGGGACUUCCGGAACCGGCCACACCCCUUCAGAGCACGGAUCACCUACUGGGGGCAGAGGCUGCGCGUGUCCUUGAACAGCGGCCUCACUCCCAGUGAUCCAGAUGAGUUCUGUGUGGAUGUGGGGCCCCUGCUUUUGGUCCCUGGAGGUUUCUUUGGGGUCUCAGCAGCCACCGGCAUCCUGGCAGAUGAUCAUGAUGUCCUGUCCUUCCUGACUUUCAGCCUGAGUGAGCCCAGCCCAGAGGUUCCCCCUCAGCCCUUCCUGGAGAUGGAGCAGCUCCGUCUGGCGAGGCAGCUGGAAGGGCUGCGGGCAAGGCUGGGCCUGGGCACCAGGGAGGAUGUAACUCCAAAGUCAGGCUCUGAAGCUCAAGGAGAAGGGGAAAGGCUCUUUGACCUGGAGGAGACGCUGGGCAGACACAGCCAGAUCCUUCAGGCUCUGCGGGGUCUCUCCGAGCAGCUGGCCCAGGCUGAGAGGCAAUGGAAGAAGCAGCUGGGGCCCCCAGGCCAAGCCAGGCCUGAUGGAGGCUGGGACUCUGCUAAGGUCGAUGCCCUGCUCCAUGGACAGAGGACUCUGCUCCAGGCCCUGCAAGAGAUGAGGGAUGCAGCUGUCCGCAUGGCCGCAGAAGCCCAGGUCUCCUACCUGCCUGUGGGCACUGAGCAUCAUUUCUUAGAGCUGGACCACAUCCUGGGCCUCCUGCAGAAGGAGCUUCAGGGCCCGGCGAAGGCAGCGGCCAAGGCCCCCCGCCCACCUGGCCAGCCCCCAAGGGCCUCCUCGUGCCUGCAUCCUGGCAUCUUCCUGUUCUUCCUCCUCAUUCAGACUGUAGGCUUCUUCAGCUACGUGCACUUCAGCAGGCAGGAGCUGAACGAGAGCCUGCAGGAGUGUCUGUCCACAGGCAGCCUUCCUCUGGGUCCUGCACCACACACCCCCAGGGCCCCGGGGAUUCUCAGGAGGCAGCCUCUCCCUGCCAGCAUGCCUGCCUGACCCACCUCAGAGCCUGCUUUGCAUCACUGGGAAGCAGGCAGUGUCUGGGGUGGGUGCUUGAUCAGCAUCCUCUUCGUCUGGGUGCCCAGCUCCCACCCACACCUGAGCUUUCAGCACACUCCCAUCUUAUUAAAGGUGAUUUCCCUCUCCCCA